GGAUGAUAAAAAAAAGCUUUGAAAAAAAGCUUUGACCUAUUUCAACAGUUGAUUUAAAUAUUUAUCAACAAGGCUUCCAAUUGUGUUUUUUUUUUCAUGUAAAAAACAAUCAAAAAUGGUUCAAACGAAAAUUUGAAACCCAAACAAAAAAAUUUUGAAAAAAACAAUUUUUACUUAAAAUCACUGAAAAAUGGUCUCAAACACAAAAGAAGAGGCAACAACAACCGCUCCAAACAAAAAAUGGCAUAAUAUAUCAAAAGCAGCUUUAAAACAGACGAUGCUAUCGAUGGCAGUGUCCUUGGGAUACUUUUGCAUCGGCAUGGUACGCGGCUAUUCGGCUCCCGCAAUGCCUUCAAUGCAAGAUUUGAAUCCUGGGCUCUUGCCGAACCAGAAUAUCGUGUCGUGGGCAAGUUCCAUUCCACCUUUUGGCGCAUUUCUGGGAAGUCUCGUUUCGGCACCACUUAUGCAUAAAAUUGGACGAAAGUAUACUGUGAUGAUCACAUCUCCGUUGUGGGUUAUUUCAUGGGUUCUUGUUGCUACAGCGGAAUUUUGGCAACAAAUCGUCGCUGGACGUUAUUUGAUGGGAUUUUGCGCGGGUUUGGCACUGCCUGCGGUGUCUGUUUAUGUCUCGGAAUGCAGCGAUCCAGCAAUUCGUGGGGUGAUUGGAUCAUUUCCGGGCCUGGCAAUGUCCUUUGGGAUCUUAGUUACUUACACGAUGGGCACUUUUCUGGACUGGAAGUUACUUGCGUGGGUCUGUAGUGUCAUUUCAUCAUUUCUUUUCUUUGCCACUUGUUUCAUGCCAAAAUCCCCAGCUUGGUUGAAGACCAAAAAUCGUUUCGACGAGGCAAAACAAUCGUGUGAUUGGCUCCAUUUGUCGGGAUUUUCGUUGGAACAACCGACAGAAGUGUCCAAAGACAAAUUUAUCUCGUACAAGGCGCUUUUCAGUCGAGCGUGUCUCAUGCCGCUUGGGAUUGGGCUGGGAUUGUUGAUUAUUCAGCAAGUCAGUGGUAUCGAUGCCGUUGUGUUCUUCACCGUGGAGAUCUUCAGAGCAGCGGGAAGUACACUAAAUUCGUAUUAUGCGACGAUUAUCGUAGGAGCGGUGCAGUUGUUGAGCAAUUUUUCGGCAUUGUUCGUUGUUGAUAAGGCAGGAAGAAAGCCAUUGUUGGUACUUUCGGCGAUAAUCAUGAGUGGUAGCAUGUGUUCGAUGGGCAUUGCGUUUCAUUUGAAAGAUAACGGAAUUACCAGUUUUGGAUACCUUCCAUUAAUAAGUCUCAUCAUAUUUAUGAUCGGAUUUUCCAUCGGUUUCGGCACCAUUCCUUUCCUCUUGAUGGGAGAAUUGUUCCCCGUCAAACAAAGAAGUGUCCUCAGCUCGUUAGCUGGCUCCCUGAAUCUCCUCAUCAUGUUUUUAGUGAUCGUCAGUUAUCAUCCCGUGGCAGAUUUAAUCACAACCGCCGGCACCUUUUGGAUGUAUUCCAUUUUCUGCGCCCUCGGUGUCUUUUUCGUCAUUUUCCUCGUGCCCGAAACAAAAGGCGAGGAUCUCGACAGCAUCGCGAACAAAUUCAUCCGGCGUUUAUCGCGUCGCUUCAGUCGCAAGGCAAGCAUGAACUUGGCGCACGCCACACCAAUCGCAUAUCUCGAAGGCGAGGAAGGUGGCGGCGGCUACACGAACAAAGGCAUGUCAGGCGAUGACGAUGGCAACAAAAAAGAUGCCGAUGUCGAAGGUGAUGGCGGCGGCGAGUGAUGUAAAUAAAUAAAAACCGCUCUCUCGUGCGACGUCUCUCGAGCUGCCGAUAUGUCUUAAACGAAUCGGACAAAUAAAAUGCCAUAAAAAACACUUACAACUUAAUGCCGUUUUCAUUUUUCU